CUUUAAAAUGUUACUCUAGGGUUUGAGCAGCAGUUUACGGAGGAGUCGCAUUAGGAAGCAUCAGCAAAAAUGGCGGUUCCGUUGCUUACGAAGAAGGUGGUGAAGAAGAGGUCCGCCAAGUUCAUCAGACCCCAGAGCGACCGUAGAAUAACCGUCAAGGAAAGCUGGAGGAGGCCAAAGGGUAUUGAUUCCAGGGUCAGAAGAAAGUUCAAAGGUGUGACGUUGAUGCCCAAUGUCGGUUACGGAUCCGACAAGAAGACACGUCACUAUCUCCCGAAUGGAUUCAAAAAGUUCGUUGUUCACAACACGAGUGAUCUGGAGUUGUUGAUGAUGCACAACAGGACUUACUGCGCGGAGAUUGCUCACAACGUCUCUACCAAGAAGAGGAAGGCCAUUGUCGAGAGAGCUUCUCAGCUAGACAUUGUUGUUACCAACAGGCUUGCUAGGCUCCGUAGCCAGGAAGACGAGUGAAGAAGGCAAUACACUUGAGAGAGAUAUCUUAUUGUUUCUGGUUUAUUACUACUGUGUUUUGUGUUUGCAUUCAACAAACAUGAGUUUUGGUUUUCAGACCGUUUCUUGGAUUAUUUCUUAUUUCAGUAUUUUCUCAAA